CGCGCGGCGCAGAGUGGGAGAGAGAAGUGUGAGACUUUGAGCCUCUGAGCAGCAUCAGCUUUACACACUGAGAGAGAGCCGAGCUGAGGCGUCUGUGUAACCUGACUGUUACCCGGCUGUAACGCGGCUGUAACGCGACUGUGCGCGCUCCCGUCUGUCCGUUUCUUCUGUCCUUCUGAGGGUCGUUAUGGCGCACUGGGCUGCAUUUGGGCUGCUGGUGGCACUACUGUGCGUCAGCGUGGAGAGCAGACCGGCUACUCACACACAGCAGGAGACUCUGAGGGAGCUGUUGGGUGAUGAGCUGGCUGACUUGGUGAUUUCGGCGGAUGCUGAGCGGACGCUGGCAGCUCGAGCCCGGCUGUUGAGGGAUCUGCGCAUGGACACGAGGGCGAAGGGCAUGUGGGCGAGGAUCAUGAACGACCAGCCCGGCGGACGCAGACACAAAACGGGCUCAAAGAAAGCAGGCAGCACCACCCGCAGCGGCUGCUUCGGACACAAGAUGGACAGGAUAGGCACCCUCAGCGGCAUGGGCUGCCAACCUGCAAACUACCCAUCCGCAAGCAACCUCUCGUGAGUGUGUUUAAACGGAUGCAGUUUGGACUUGGACAAUAAUGACUUGACUUAUUCCUCUUUUGGGGAAACGCCUAAAAACGCCGGAUUAACGGUACAGAAGCACCAUGACCAGUGAUCUGAGGACGAACAUCAUUUGAAAAGAAACAACAACAACAACAAAAAUAACCCCCCCACAUAAACGACAACACCCUCCACACAACGGCGGACAAUGGUGUAAAAAAAGAAAACACUCGCAAAGCUGUAUAUUGUCGCUGCUGCUGUACAUUCAUGUACGUCAUUCCAGCAUAAAUGUAUUUAUGUUUUAAAAAAAACUAUUUAUAUGUUUAUAAAAAGAGAUAUUUAUAAAUAUGAGUUUUAUUUAUGUAACAUUUUGAAAUGAAUGCAAAAAAACUGCAGGUCAACUCUGUUUGUAACUUUUUUUGUCUCAAAUAGUUGUAAAUGUUUUAAAAAUGAUUAAAAAACAUGCAUAACUGAG